GUCUGCUCCGAUUCCUUUGUUCAGGAUAUUACUUGAGUACACCCGCGUCCAUAUCCUUUUCUCUUCCUCAUUUCUCGAGUAUGCACUUCGUUCGCUUCUUUACGUGUGUUGCUUCUUGUCUCUCUGUUGCUCGUGCUUUCAGUGUGACUGUGGGGGCUCCCACUCAAUGCGGUUCUCUCGAUAUUUCAUGGACUGGUGGACAAGCACCGUUUGAAAUACUCUUAACUCCCUCUUCGCAAACGUCGUAUCAGAAUAUUACUCCACCAUCAUCAGCCUUCAGCAAUGGAAAAGGCUCUUAUUCAAUACCGCAAUUGUCGUUGUCAGCGGGAACUACGUUUCUACUCACCAUGUCUGACGCCACCGGAUUUGGUUCGGGAGGGACGACAAACACAUUAACUGUUGGGAAUCAAGUCGCAAAUAAUGUUUGCAACACUUCAAUUUUGUCACCUCCUUACACAUUCCGGUUGUCUCCACUUCCGCUGAUACAAUGCAGUCAAUUUACCAUUCAGGCCGAAAGUAGUGCAGUACUGCCCAUUACUAUCGUGCAACUUAUUCCUGGCGGACAACCAGUCGUAUUCAAUUCCAAUAGCGCAAAUUUUACCUCAGUUGCAAAUGUUACCGCAGGGACGGACCUCAUGUAUCUCAUUUUCGACUCCUUAGGCAGACAAGGUGGGAUCUCUGGGCUCGAACAGGUCGUAGGGACAGGUGAUUUCUCGUGCCUAAGCGCCAACUUGUCGUCAACCACUGUAGGCAUGUCGGCCACAACCACGACUUCACAAUCAUCUAGUUCAAGCAGUUCGUCAAGCAGUCUGCCUUUUACGGGCAGUAGAUCGAGCAGCAAUGUUGCUCUUAUCGCAGGCACGGCGGGCGGGGGCGGGGCGGUUCUAAUUGCAUUGAUCGUUCUCGGCAUGCGCUUUUGGCGUAAAACAUCUAGCUUUCAGUCUUCUACACAAAGCUAUCCACAUCAAUUGGAACGUACAGAUCCAAAAUACAAAAUCAGCUUCCACAGUGACGUUCUUCCACAACUCCCUUUCACAUACGAGACAGACCCCCACAGCUACUAUACCCGACCCAUUCAACCCAGCCUGAGAACCCAGUCAGACAUGACCAAUUCGUCCGCCGGCUACUUCGCAGUCAGCGGUUUUCCCUCCUCAUUCAACCAGACAAGACAUUCGCGCCAGAGCUCUAACACAUACUCUCCUGUCUACGGGGAUUCUCGAAGCUCGACCCUGUUAUCCACUUACAACCGCCAAUCACUCCAGUCUACCGGAAACUUCACAGUCAACGACCCUCACACACCGUUCAAUCAGAUAUCGCAUUCACGCCAGGGCUCGAACGCAGACUUUGUUGUGUAUGAAGACGCUCGAAAUUUGGCUAUAUCGUCUGUAGACAGACGAAUGGCUACGGUGGAUGAAAGGCCACUGUCAUUAUCGCAGGAGACAGAUCCUCUUUGUCCAUCCAUUCAAUCUGGAUACCAACCAAGCGCUAUCAAUGCGUUUGCCACCAACUUGGCGGCUAGGGAUCAUCACGUGUCUUUCAAUCAGACGCAGCCUUCGCACCAGAGCUCUAACACAGCCUUUGCUGUAUCUAGAGACGGUCGAAUGUCAGAUAUGACGCCCGUCGAGCAUAUGGCUGUGGGGGCACGACCAGCACGACUAUUACCACGGAAGCCAGUUCCCCCCUACCUUGCAUCACCCGUUCAAUCCCAAUCCCAAUCAAUCUUUACCUCUGCCGACGAUAUCACAGUUCAGAACUCCCCCACACCCUUCGAUGAGACACAAAAUUCCCACCACAGCCCUGACACAGACAGUUUGGCUGUGCAAGGAGAAUCUCGAAAUCGAUUUAUGGCGUCAGCUAGCGCACAAACAGCCUACCAACAUCCUACUCGAAUGAUCGUGCAUACUGGCGCUGGUGAUGUUGUGCCAGGCAAUCAAGGUUCAGUUGAACCUCCGCCACAGUAUUCAGAGGAUCAGGGAGCGUACGCCUUGUAAUCUGAGUCUGUGUCAUUACUACGUCCCCACAUUCUUGAAUCUUCAGACGUAUGCCUGUAGUCAUAGGGAAAGCCUCAGAAAUCGAGGCGAUUUCUUGGAAUUGCUAAUAAGUAAUUUCCCUGUUUUCAUACUUUGCGACCUGUAAUGAUCAAGUGUACAUUAACUGUAUUUCCUAGGUCCUAGUAACGUGCUGGAAAUCACCCCCCGCUAUGUACUAAACAUGACAAUUUUUUUUUUCAAUUCUGCGCAACGACGAGUCACCAUAAUCCAUGUU